AUGUUGUCGGCAUCCAGACGAGCGACGGGCGCCCUGUCGCGGCAGCUCCGCAUUGCCUCGAGACCUUUUACAGUGUCGACGACGGUCCGCACGACCGAGAGACCCGCCGUCGUCGAGAAGAACGAGGCCGCGACGCCCCAGGUCGCCGAUAACGCCGUCCCCGAGACCGUCGGCCAGGCGCCCAACAGGUCGCUGAUCUGGUCACGCAGCCAGAAGCCCCGCGCCGAUGCCAUGACUGGCCCGCGGUUCGAACAGACCGACUUCUCCCUCCAGCCACAACCUCACUCAGCAAUUGAGCUCAUUCACAAGGAGCCUGUCCGGUGGACUCACCAGCGCGUCGUUGCAUGUGACGGCGGUGGCGGCCCCUCUGGCCACCCUAGAAUCUAUAUCAACACGGACAAGCCGGAGAUUUCCAGCUGCAACUACUGCGGCCUUCCUUUUGCCAACGAGCACCACCGCAAGCACCUCGAAUCCCUCCCCGAGACGUCGUACCCCCUCGCAUAG